CUUUCAAAAUGAACCGAGAACUUGGAUUUACCUGUUUUGAAUCUUUGAUUAAAAGCCCAAGCACCAACAAAGAAGACAUCAGAAAAGCAUUGCAAAUUUUGGCGAAUGGAUUUUCUGAAGAAACGAUUCGUUAUAUAUUGGGAUCUUUGCUUCAAGACUACAUCAAUGAAUCAACCAUGUGCUACUGGAAGAAAGCUUUGGUAAAACUGAUACCAGAAGACAGUUUCAAUGAGUACCGAGCAGAUUUGAUAUUCAAUGCUCCUCCUGUUCUCUGGACAAAGCUCGGCGCAGCAGCUGGUAAACACAUAACUGGCAUUGUCAUGGAAAAGGAUGAAGAAUGCUAUGAAACAGCUAUAAACAAGUUUGGCGACAUUGUGUUGGAAAUUGCGCGCGAUAUUCGCAUAAAUAAUCGAUGGCGGAUUCAAGAUGUCAAAGACAGCCUGCAAUGCCUGAAAUAUUUAAUUUGCGAAUUGAGACCACAACUACCACCACUAGCGAAUGCUGAGCUAAAUAGCUGUUUCCUUUCACUAGCCAAAAAUGUCCGUCUGGGCCGCGAAAAUUUCUUCCUACUGAUAUCUCUUAUAAUUGUUACUGAAAACUUUUCGUAUCAAAUGCUGGAGGCUUUAACAUACCACGUUUCAAAAAGAUGGCUGAAUCUGGGAACCGCCGUUGAGUUUUUGAACAUAAAAAGAAAUGCCACAACAAUUGAGGAAUUGGGAAAUUUCAAAGAAAUGGAUAUAGAUCGAAUCGAAACGAAUUUCGUUGUAGCAAUGCUCCAAAACAGAAAUGCCUACGAGAUUCAAUACUUCAUGAGUCAAUUACAACUAAAUAAUUCAGUAUCGGAUGAAAUUUUGGCAGACAGUGCACACCGUCAUUUAAUUGAACUAGAUAUGACACGUCAGAAAAAUCCAACAAAUCACGGACUUAUUUUCUUUUCCCGCCAAAGUGUGCUCAUAAAGUACUUCCCCAACUAUCGACAAAACGUGUUCGAUGAGCUGAUGAAGUUUGCAGUUUUAGAGCCAAUGAUGGAUGAAAAACAACGUUGCGUAUAUUACACGUGCCUCGCUGCAGUGUGUCCCAAAAAGGAGCAACAUCACCAGAAUAGUAAUCCGGAACUUUUCAAACUUCUUUUCAAACGACUCAUGAAGUUUCUACCAGAUGUGCACGCAGAAGGGAUUGACCAAGUGUUUGGUCCAUUUGAAAUGGUUUUGCACUGUCUGUAUAACCUGUACCAAAUAGAUACAAAAUUAAAAGCAGUUAUGACUGAAAUCGAUCCAGACUGGCAAGAAAAAAUCGCAAAGGAAAUUGAUUUCCACAUUGUAGCAAAUGCAAAUAAUGUGUACAACUGGGGACGUUUUAGUCGUCAUUUUAAUCAUCAUGAGAGACAGCGAUACCAACGUGAGCAAUACAUUAUUGUAAAUACAGGAAAACUUCUCGUCUAUAUGCUUGGUGUAAUCAACAACGACGUUCUUCAAGUUGAGCCAAGUUUCAUGAGCCCUUUGAAUAUUUUUAAAGGCUACAAACUUACCGAUGGAUUCAAAAAUUCGUUUCCAAUCUUUAUGACAAAAACUCUCAGCCGACCUGGUGGUCGUGUACCUUUGCUCCAUCGGAUCACAAUGAAUUAUGAUCGGAUUUUUGGCAAUAAUCAAAAUGUUGAAACCGAAAUUACAAGACAUUUGAGGCAUUACUGGCCCAUAUUUCAACUCAAUAACAAUAAUGAUCAGGAACGAAUUCAUUUGGAAGAGCAAAUGCGUCACGUUCAAAUUGAUCGUCUCACAGACGCAGAUUCGUUUGGUGUUCCAUAUUUUGUGGAGUCUGAAUAUCCCUAUGAAUCGGAUGAUUCUUCCGACGAAGAUGAAGAGGAAGUUAUCAGUCCAGUGUCGGCUGCUUGAAAAUUGAACAACACUUCAGAGAUAUUUCGUUUUCCGUUGUUUAUUGUUUCAUUUUUCAAUGUUUUCACACCUGAUCUUCAUCUCUUUUUUCAUUUCUCUGCGCACACUAAGCACACAACACCAGCCUUUCUCAUCGAUUUUUUGCGUUGUUCAGCGGAAACUAGCUGUCCAGUCUGAUAUAUUGUUCUGUAUACAAAUUUUUAUCCAAAUUGUCAAUUUCUAACAUAUUUUGUUGUUACAGUUUUGUUUUUUUAAAACACGUAUCAUAAAUUUUGUAAAUAAAAGUUUGAAGCUC